GGGUUAUGGGAAGGAAGAAAAAAACAAGCGGCAAGAAGGCAUUGGGCGGUUCCACUCUGCAGCUUCCACUCUCUAUCAACCUCACUCCCAAAUCCCAAUUCCCAAAACCCUAGGAGAGAGAAAGGCACAGAGAGAGAGAGAGAGAGAGAGAGAGAGAGAGAGAGAGAGAGAGAGAGGCACGGAGAGAGAUUGACUGAUCCAUGGCGUCGUCGAAGCUGAUGGCUUCUUCGAACUCAAGAAAAUCGGAGACACCCUCUUCUCCUCCUCCAAACCCCCAAUUCACCACCACCAACUUCAUGCCCAUGCCCGACGCCACCGCCACUCCCAAAACAGUCGACGAAGUGUGGCGGGAGAUCGUCGCCGGCGAGCGCCGCGAGUGCAAGGAGGAGGCUCCAGACGAGAUGAUGACACUGGAGGACUUCCUCGUCAAGGCCCGCGCCGUCGACGACGAGGACGAGGACGAGGUCAAGAUGCCAAUGCCACUCACCGAGAGGCUGAGCGGCGGCGGCGGGGUCUUCGCGUUCGACCCUAUUCCGACGACGCCGUUUCAGGGAUUAGAGAGCGUGGAAGGGUCGGUGAUAGGGUUUGGGAAUGGCGUGGAGGUGGUGGAAGGGGGAAGGGGGAAGAGGGGUCGUCCCGUUUUGGAACAGUUGGAUAAGGCUGCGCAACAGAGACAGAGGAGAAUGAUCAAGAACAGAGAAUCUGCAGCUAGGUCUAGGGAACGCAAGCAGGCUUAUCAAGUAGAAUUGGAGUCCUUGGCGGUGAAACUAGAGGAAGAAAAUGACAAACUAUUGAAGGAAAAGGCUGAGAGAAAAAAGGAGAGGUACAAACAGCUAAUGGAAAAAGUGAUUCCUAUUGGUGAGAAGCGAAGGCCACCACGAUUACUCCGUAGAGUUCGCUCCUGUCAAUGGUAGAUCAAAUUUGCUAGUGGUGCAGAGUGGGAACCGAAGAUCCAUCACAUCCGUGUUGGGAAAAUAAUAACAUGAGGAAAUUAAUCAUCAUUUCUUAAAUCGAAGUUCUCAGUCUAACGGUUAAUCUCAAGGGCAAUCAUGGUUAAUGAUAUAUAGAGAUAGAAGGAAUUGGAACCUGAGCCGUGAAGGAAAAUUCCUUAUUGCGUAGGAAACAACAUUUGCCAUUUAAUAGGAGAUCAAAGCAGAAGUAUGGAGUUGGUCCAUGUAGUUUAGAUACGAAAUAGACAUCCUGGUGUCAACCCCUGUGUAGAAUGCCAAUGUGUAAUAGUAGAGCGCUGAGGGGAUAUGUAGACGAGUAUAUAAUGUAGUCAUGGCUUAGACAGAUACUUAUUUGGAGAAAAAAGAAUAUAGAAAUUGUUUAUGCAUCUGUCAGUGCGUUUUAGUCUUGAAACUUCAGUGCAUGUGAAAUAUAAUCAGUGAUGUGUGCAGUUCCGUUGGUAUUUUAGUCUUACAGUCCUUUUCUAUAAGACAACCUCCUUGUUGAAAAAAUACCAGCUAGCUCUGUUCUUGUUGCGGAUAAUUUAUUGAUUUUUUGGUCUUUUUUCAUUACCCACAUGCCAACUAGAAACCCGAAAAUUAAUGAUGUUUAUAUUAAUUGAGGGUGUUCUGGAUAAGUGAGAGGGGAAUGAGGAGAAAAUAUAAAUAAACAAAAGACAAGAAACAUGAUGCUUCCUCUUUGUCGUUUUUAUCCUUGUGGUUUCGUUAUCUGUAAGUUGGAGUGUUGGACCACAUGUUGAGAUUAACUUAUGAGAGUAAAGCUGCUACCUUAGGGAUAGACAUCGUGCACUAUAUUUGACUGACCCCUUCCGUAGGAUUGUACCAUUCUAAAGCAAUAACAGUAUUCACCAUCAAGAAGGUUAAAGAUUGAUGUUAUGUUACUAGGACCCCGGAGUCCAGAGCUAUAACGAUGAAAGAGUUAAGAUACCCUGUUAACUGGGGGACACCUAUCAGUUAAACGACAACGAAUUAUAUGGCUGAAUUUUAUUAUUCAAACUAAAGGUGUGAUUCUUGACCAUAAAAAGAAAAAUACUACAGGUGUGACUAAAUUUCAGGUAAAAUCAUGUCACGCUAUAUUUGUAAUUACAGAAAAGUUAUUAUCUUAUGAUUUUCAAGAUAUUGAAACAG